CACUCAUCACACUCAGCACCUAUUUGUACUAACAUUUUAAAUCCAAUCUUUAAAGGAUGUCUCCCGAAGCCAGCAGCGUUGGGCACCAGAACCAGCACAGCCAUAUAGACCUGGACGAGACGAUCAACCGUCUGAGUUCUAAAAAGGGCGUAGAAUCCGUUACGAUCCUCACCAAAGAAGGAGGCAUCAUCCGCACAACGGCGACAGCCGAACAAGGAGAGCUACAUAGCAAAUUGCUAAGCAAGCUGGCGAGGGAUGCAGGCGAUAUUGUGGAGCAACUGGACGGCCAAGAUGAACUGUCAUUUGUGCGCAUAAGGACGAAAAGACACGAGGUCAUGGUCGCCCUGGAUCAAGAUUACCUUUUGGUCGUCAUCCAGACUCCACAGAAAGAUUAAUAUAUUUUAAAGCUUGCUUUCUUGAAGAGAGGGUUUUUUUUUGCUUUUUUAUCUUU